AUAGAAACGGAACGAAGCGAGCUCCUCGCUAGUUGAAAACGUCUAGCGUCUAGGGGGGCCUCGCGCUGCGGCAGGAUUUGUAACACCAGCGGUGGUGACUGGCACGAGGAGAGGUCGUAGUUCGUAGCCAAGGCAUUUCUCCAUGGUUCGAUACCUACAUACGGAGGAUAACAGAUAAUUACUGGCGAUUAAAGUGUCGGCACAGUUUUAUUUGCACUGAAUUAAGAUCAGCGUUUAAUUUGUUUUCCUUUAAGCGGGUGCCUUGGUAACGAACCUGACGGAUAAACACUUAUCUGACACAAGGAAAAACAGAAGCUCCUGUAUUGUCAGCAAACAAUGGACGUGGUUCCAAAAGCCAGUCAAGAAGCUGUGGAAUUUCUGUCCUCUGUAGGACCUGAUGAGCUUCAGUUGUGUGUGUUUUCAGACUCGCUGGUUACUAUCUCUGACACAGGAUGUGAGGUUGGAGAAUUCAUGAUAAGCAUUCAGCCUGCCUGGUACAGGGAACUGGAGUGCUUCCUCAUUCAUGCUAACAGCCAUGGAGCCAUUGAUGAUAUCCCCUGUGGGACCUCAGUGAUGGGUUAUGUAUCCAAGAAACUUGACACUCUGGAACAGCAUUACCAUGAGUAUUUGAAGCUAAAGGAACAUCCUUUGGAUCGCAAGAUACACAUAACGAGGCAACUAGAUAAAAUGGUUGUGAAUAAAAUUGUUACCGAAGGAGAGGAUGUGAGAAAAGACACAUUCAUACACAGCCUGAAUCAACUGGAAGGGUUUGUAUCAGAAGCUUCCAAUUUGCUGAUCUCUCGUAUUCUGGCCCAACGACAGUGUAUCCCCAACAACAUGAGCUUCCUUGCAUUUGAUAUGGAGACAAACCUAUGUACUUCCACAUAUAAAGAACUUGGUGUGAGAACCCAAUCCAUUGGAAAACAGACAGCAGACGUAUUUGGCAUUGAAAGAACUGUCCACUCUGAGAAGGAAAUUCCCAUUACAUGGCAAUCCUACUUCUUGUCUGAUGGGCAUCUGGCCAGUCGCAUUCAAGUUGGCUCUACUGUGACAAUGAGUCUUCUCGCCAUGCCAGCUCUUGUUGAGAAAGAUGAAGAAGAACAAAAGCCAGUGUUUGAGAAGACGCCAUUAAAUUGGGAAGAGGACAUACAGCUGUAUUCACGCUACCUUGACAGAAAGGAGGAGCUAAAGGCGGACCAUACCACAUAUACAAGGCAUCAUCCUGAACUCAAGGCACUGCUAGCAGACUUUCUUCAGUUUCUGCUGCUUAGAAAGCCAGAGGAUGUCACAACAUUUGCUGCAGAGUAUUUUGCACCUUUUUCAUCCCAGGAGGAGCCGGAACAGAGCUUCAGAUCUUCUGAAACUUUAUCAGUCUUUUCUGAAACAAUUACUAAAUAAAGUAUUUUACUACUUUUGCAGGAAUUCUUAUACAAGGUAUAUUUUAUGUGGUAUUAUAAUAAACAGCAGUGAUGGAAAAAU